ACAGGUGCACCGUGCACGAACAAAUAACAAAUACCAACUCCAGGUCUCCAGCGAGCCACACGUCGUCGGUGUUCUUGAUUCAGAGUUCAGACCACCGGUGAAGCCACCGGCGGCGAGCGCCGACGCUCGCCACAUGUUCGACGGAAUGCCUAUGGGUGAAAGUGGCAAGAACGUGGCCAUGUCGGGCGGCAGCAUUGAUGCGCUGCCGGAUGACAUCCUCGAGCACAUCCUCGGCUUCCUACCGGCGCCGGAGGCUGUGCGGACGUGCGUGAUGGCCAGGCGUUGGCGUAACCUCUGGAAGCACGGCACGGGCCUGCGCAUCACGUGCAUCGCCGACGACGUUGAGGCGAUGGAGACCGUGAAGGAGCACCAGAAGUUUGGGGACCACCUUCUGCGCCUCCGCGGGCACACACCUCUCGAAACGUGUUACCUCAGGUUCAGUAAUUUCUACGACGAUGAUGACGCGCUCCUGAAUCGCUGGUUCUGGCAUGUUGUCACAUGCCGAGUUCGGAUGUUCAGGCUUGAGAACAUUUGCCUUGACGGCUUUGAUUUGGAAGGCAUGCCUCUCAUCUCCCAGCACUGGAUGAGUCUGGACCUCAUUGGUGUCAAAAAACAAGUUAUGUAAA